GAGAGCUCAGGAACCGGCAUAGGCAUGCCAGUGCUGUCAGAGGACUCUGGUUUGCAUGAAACCCUGGCGCUGCUGACCUCGCAGCUCAGGCCUGACUCCAACCACAGGGAAGAGAUGGGCUUCCUGAGGGAUGUUUUCAGUGAGAAAAGCCUGGGCUACCUGAUGAAGAUUCAUGAGAAGCUGCGUUAUUAUGAGAGGCAAAGUCCAACCCCAGUUCUGCACAGCGCUGUGGCCCUCGCAGAAGAUGUGAUGGAGGAGCUGCAGGCCGCCUCCGUGCACAGCGAGGAGAGGGAGCUGCUGCAGCUGCUGUCCACCCCCCACCUCAGGGCUGUACUGGUGGUACAUGAUACAGUGGCCCAGAAGAAUUUUGACCCUGUUCUGCCUCCCCUGCCUGAUAAUCUUGAUGAGGAUUUUGAUGAGGAAUCAGUGAAGAUUGUUCGCCUGGUGAAGAAUAAGGAGCCAUUGGGUGCCACCAUCCGUCGGGAUGAGCAUUCAGGGGCUGUGGUCGUGGCUAGGAUCAUGCGAGGGGGUGCAGCAGACCGGAGUGGACUGGUGCACGUUGGUGAUGAGCUCCGAGAAGUGAAUGGAAUCGCAGUGCUGCACAAGCGGCCAGACGAGAUCAGUCAGAUUCUGGCCCAAUCCCAGGGCUCUAUCACCCUCAAGAUCAUCCCAGCCACCCAGGAGGAGGACCGCUUCAAGGAGAGCAAGGUGUUCAUGCGCGCUCUCUUCUACUAUGACCCCCGGGAGGACCGAGCCAUCCCCUGCCAGGAGGCGGGCCUUCCUUUCCAGCGGAGGCAGGUCCUGGAAGUGGUGAGCCAGGAUGACCCCACAUGGUGGCAGGCCAAGAGAGUAGGGGACACCAAUCUUCGAGCUGGCCUCAUCCCUUCCAAACAGUUCCAGGAGAGACGACUAAGCUACCGGAGAGCCACGGGUACCCUGCCAAGCCCUCAGAACCUCAAGAAGCCCCCUUACGAUCAGCCUUGUGAGAAAGAGACCUGCGACUGCGAGGGAUACUUCAAAGGGCACUAUGUGGCUGGUCUUCGGAGAAGCUUCCGCCUGGGUUGCAGAGAGAGGCCAGGUAGCUCACAGGAAGGGAAGAUGUCAUCAGGAGCUGAGUCUCCAGAGCUGCUGACCUAUGAGGAGGUGGCCAGGUACCAGCACCAGCCCGGCCAGCCGCCCCGCCUGGUUGUUUUGAUUGGGUCUCUGGGAGCCCGACUGCAUGAGUUGAAGCAGAAGAUGGUAGCUGAGAACCCACAGCACUUUGGCGUUGCUGUUCCACAUACCACAAGGCCCCGGAAAAGCCAUGAGAAGGAAGGGGUGGAAUACCACUUUGUCUCUAAGCAAGCAUUUGAGGCCGACUUACAUCACAACAAGUUCCUGGAACAUGGUGAAUAUAAGGAAAAUCUCUAUGGAACCAGCCUGGACGCCAUUCAGGCAGUUAUGGCCAAAAACAAAGUUUGCUUGGUGGAUGUGGAACCGGAAGCACUGAAACAGCUGAGAACCUCAGAGUUCAAACCCUAUAUUAUACUUGUAAAGCCUGCGAUUCAGGAGAAAAGGAAGACACCACCUACGUCCUCGGCGUGUGAUGACACAGCAGCCACACUUGAUGAAGAGCAGCAGGAGAUGGCCGCCUCUGCUGCCUUCAUCGAGCAGCACUAUGGGCAUCUGGUGGACACCGUGCUGGUGAAAGACGAUCUGCAGGGGGCCUGCGCCCAGCUCAGAGUGAUCUUAGAGAAAAUGAGCAAGGACUCUCACUGGGUCCCCAUUAGUUGGGUCAGGUAACUCAUUUCCAGAACAUACAGGCUGGAGGAGACCUCAAAGGCCAUGUUGUCCAGCCUCUUUUCCUUUACCACCAAUGACUGAAGUGCGGAGAGGGGCAGACAUUUCCACAGACUCCAUCCUCAAGAAGAGUUGAAGUGGGGAGCCUUAUUUAUGUUUUUUUUCCUCUGUGUGUGUGUCUGUAUAUGCACACGUGAG